GACAGAUGGACUCGAGACUCAAGAACGAGCCUCGGCCAUUCCAACGGCGCCGUGGCCUGAGAGGCUCCCGCCAAGCAGCGGCCCAAGGACAAGUGGUGAAGUGUCCGUGAAAUUUGGAAAAUGCCUCUCGUCGGGGAUGUGCUGGCCUCCAUCAGAAGAGGUGGGCGAGAGAAGAUGGGGAAGGUGGGGCUGGAGGGGCACAUGGAGGAGAUGGUGAGACAGGCAGAGGAGGCUCACAUCGGGGUGCUGCAGGCAUUGAGGACGCGCUAUGUUGAGCUGUCCUCGGCUGUAUCUGACACAGCCUUCCUUCAGCAACAUGUUGAGGCCACCCUGCACAGCAUCACCGACCUCCACACCUCCAUUGACCAGGAUGUGGUUUCUGCUGUGAAGGGCAGCGUGGGGGAGGUUGGCGGUGUGGUGAGGAGGUGGAAGGAGGUGCAGGGAAGCCUGGAGGCAGCUAACAUGCUCCUGGACAUCCACACCCUCAUGGAGGAUUCAGUGAAGGCAGCAACAGAUCACAGGUUUUUGGAGUCUGCUGAACAUCUGGCUAAGAUUGAGAGUCUAUUGCAAGAGGCAUCAGAGAAGGAGAUUGAAGGAGAGCUGGACAUCAUAAAUGCAUUGCGGGAGGAACUUGUGACAAGGAGAAUGGAGCUCCUUUACUCCAUCAGUGAGGUGUGGCAGGAGACCCUUAUAUGGGAGGAGGAACGGCAGCCUGAUGGAGAACGCUCAGUGUCCCUCUUGGUGCUGCCGAAAGGGAGGAAGACAUCAAACUGGAAUGGACAGCAGCUGCAACAGAUGCUGGGUGCGCUGUACAUGCUGGGAGAGCUGCAUCGGCAGAUCACCACCCUUGGCAGGAAUCUGAUGAAACACUUCUUUGAGCCAAUCAUCCAGCUUGGGGCAGAGGUGAAGGCGGUGGAGCGCAGUGAUGGCUUUGUGGUGACAGUGACUCAUGGUGGGAAGGACAGCCGGGGCACCAGGCAGGCCACUGUGGUGUUGAUGCGGCUGCAGGAGGUGUUCACCAUCCUGAGCAAGGUCCUGCUCUCUGUCGUCAUCAACACCAUCACCUCCAGGGAAACCACACUCAUGCACAUGUUGGGUACUGAGAUUGGCAAUGACUUCAAGGAUAUUUUAAUCAAGGAUUGCAUUGCUGAUGCUAUUCCUUACAGCAGAGCUGAGCUGAGUCAGUUUGACAAAGUGAAAGCUGCUACUGAGGACUUUCAGAAGUUUCUUGUUGAAAAAGGGUUCUUUGAGGAGCAGGACAAGUCCUUGAUGGAGUAUGCGGCCAAUGUGGACGUGGUGUUCAGCAACAAGGCAUGUGCCCACAUCCUGGAACGUGCCAGGACCCUCAUGAAGCAGCCCCUACAUGUCACUGUCUGCAUCACCCCACUGGAGCCUGGUGGCCCACUUGUUGUUCAGGACGUGACGGGACGACAGCUGGACCAGAGCACCAUGCGGCUGGAGAAACUGCUCUCUGCCAAGUCCCUCAAUAUGCCUAAGUGUCAGAUUAGUACAUCCGUGUGUGACUUGGUGGAGCUGAUCUAUGAGACCUUGGAGGAGGCGUGCACCAGCUCCCCAGAAUAUGCUGGCCGACUCUUCUACACAGUGCACAAUAUCCUCACCCUGUACUCCCAUGUGGUGCCCACAGCUCAUGCUCACCAGCUGGCUACCCUCCCCCAGCAGGCAGCAAUCGUCCACAACAACAGCAUGUACUUGGCCCACCAUGCCCUCUUCCUUGGCCACCAGUACCGCCUCCGGCUGCCCCAGGCACUGCGCACCGCCACUAUCACCACCAUCGACCAAGCACAUGAGCUGCGGAAAAUGGCCUCCUCUAUUUUCCUGAAGGCAAUGCAGAAUCACCGCACAGCCCUCAUCACCACACUGCGGGAGUCUGUCUGUCUGGACAGCCUUGGGUGUGAUGCCAGCCAGGCAGAGAAAACUCAGCAGGGCAUGAGGCAGGUCAUUCACCAGCUGCAGCUCCUCCAUCGGGUGUGGCAGAAUGUGCUGCCCUACAGGGUCUACAUUAAGGCCAUCAGCAGGCUGGUGAGCUCAGUGGUUGAGGAGGUGGUAGCAAGGGUGGUGACCCUGGAAGACAUUUCAGCUGAUGCAGCACUGGCCCUCAUUACCACCCUCACCCUCCUGAAGGAAUUUGUUCCUUCACUGUUCAAGGUGGAAGGAGAGGAGGAACCUGGCCCAGGAGAAGCACUGCGGUAUGUCACGCUGUGGGGGAAGUUCAGUGAGCUCAUUGUAGUCCUUGGUGCAAGCUUACAGGACAUCCAGGACCGGUGGGCGCAGGGCAAAGGUCCCCUGGCUCACGAGUUCACCCCUGAUGAGGCCAAACAGUUAGUGCGGGCCCUCUUCCAGAACACUGACCGCCGGGCCAAGGUUCUGGCUCGCAUCAAGUAAAACCCCUCUAGCUACUAGGUCUUGAGUGCUCCCCUUCACCAUCUGUCCUCCUGUACAAUGAUCUGCUUUUUGAUAGAUUUGACAAUACAGAAAGUUUCAUAUGGUGGUGUAAUUUUCAGAACCUUUAUCAACAGAAGUUUGGGGUUUGUUUUCCAUUCCUCACCUGGAGUAGAGAUAGAGGACACUCAGUCUUGCAUGUUUUGAAGCUGUUAACUUCAGUAAUUCAGUUAACACAUUUUGAAUGUCAAUAUUUUAUGGAUUAUUAAUUUUUAUUGUACAGAUAAUAUUUUGUGCCUUUAAUCAAACUGUGAUAAGCAGGAUAGUCAGAAAGAAGACAACAUCUUGAUGUAAUAAAAACCUGUUAAUUGAUGUUAACUUUAUCUAGUGCUUGAAGUGGCAUCAGUAACAAGCCUGUCUCCUGCACAAAAUGGGUUAAGUAAAAAUAUCAAACGUCA